CCCGGGCUACACUACGAGCCUUCCGAGAGGUUGGUCAUGGCCCCUCCCUUUCCGACCGGACCUGAGCCGGACAAGUUCUGCAAGACACAGUGCGGUAAAAUUUAUUGUUAUCAUUUUGAUUUCCGGCUAUGUUGCACCAAGCAGGCGUAUAUGCAUGCACAACACUAUGUGAUGGAUGCACAACCAUGGACCAAAGGUAAUUAGGAAAGCGACGGAUAUGUACCGUGUGCUGUCCAGAUUCGGACAAUUGUCA